AUGGCGAGCCCUGCCAAAAUCGUGCCAUGCAGAGCCACCUUGAAGGAGAACUCACUGAAGGAACCUAGAGGGCGGAAGGAGACAGAUCUGAGGUGUUUCGGUACAGCAGAUAUCCGACCAGGCAAAUCUACUCCGAUCGGUCUGAAACUCGUGAACUUUAAUGGUGUUUCCCGUCGACUCGGAGCGAACCAGGAGCCAAUCUACAUAUCAUCGGAAAGCCCGCGAACACAUCUUUCCAUAGCCGUCAAGAUCUUCCCGAUCCGAGAGAGCUACAAUGACAUUCAAGAAGAGUUCUGGAACCAUGCGCAAGGCGAGGAGGACAAUAUACCAGUUCCCAUGUGCAUCAUUUAA